AUGCUCUUCCAAAAACUGCUACUAUUCCUUCUUCUUGCAUUUGUGCAUGGACAAUCUGAGGAAGAUGUUUUGAUGAAGCUAUGUCCUUCCAAUGUCUGUUUCAGACAUAGUCAGUGCAUCAGUGACUGCCAGAAACUUAGAGGAGACACUGGUAUUUAUAACCUAACCGUGUUAUUGCGAAACUGCGACGAGUGGUGCAACCUUUGCAAAGGUUACAACCUCAAAAGCCUUCAAUUCCUCAGCUGCUCUGGAGCUCCAUGA